AUGCGUCUCUCGGUCCUUGCCCUCGCCGCUGUCACUCAGACAGCCUUAGGAUGUACCUUUGGCAUAGCGUUAACCCAUAGUACGGCGCAUGGUUCUGACGAGGUCGAAUGUUACGCACAGAUCUGGGAGAGUGACGAUGUCGACUUCUGGAAUGACGGACCUGCCUCCUACACCAAUACGGAAUGUCAAGCCGGCUGCUAUGAUGUUGAGCAUAAAGGAAAUACCUACCAAUUCUGUCUUGAUUCCGUGGCAAAUAAUCGACUCCAUGGAGACGCCACUGUUCAGCUCACCAGUAACGGCGGCGGCGACUUGCUCCAUAUCAAACCCGAUGGAGAGGAGUAUCAUCAGGUGGCGAACGUCUUUCUUGGCCAAACGGAUUACCGUGCUUAUUACCUUGCUGGUACUUCCUGCCCUGACGGAUCGGCCUAG